CUCGCGUGUGCGAGUGUGUGUGAGUGUGGAGGGGCGAGGUUCACAAACCGGUUGCUCUUGACGCUUCCAUUUCAUUUUCUCCAAAGCUGGAGAUCUUGGACGGAGGAAGCCCUGGAGGAGGAGGAAGAGCGGGGCAGCCGCAGCUGCUGCCCCGUCUCUGCCUCAUCCCCGUUUUCUCUACCCAGCAAUAAAGGGAAGAAGCCCCAGAAGCACAAGAUUUUCUCCUCCUUCACCCUGCCGGUGCAAAAAAGAAAGAAACAGAGAAUGAAUAACCCCAGGGCGCCGGCGGAUCAGGCAGGCUGAGCCUCGGGAGGGGAAGCCCUUCGUGCCUCCUACGAACAGUCACGGGCGAGACCUGAAAAGGGCCGUUGCGGGAAGUUGAGCCCUUCCUCCAAGGACUGAGCCUCGCCCUCACCUCCAUCGCUUGACGGCUCCCUCCCUUCUUCUCCUCCUCCUCUCCUUCUCGCCGAGCCUCGCCCCUGCGUGGCGGCGGCGGCGGCAGCAGCAGCUGCUUAACCGCCUCCUCCUCCUUUUGCUGCCUUCAAGCUCCAGCCGCAGCCAGCCAACCUUCGCCAGGAUCGCAGCAGCGGCGGCGGCGGCGGCGGCAACCCAGUGAGCCUCGCUCCCUCCCUCCUCCUCUGGCGCUGGGAUGCGUCUUCCUCCUCGCGGCUCGGCUGCCAGCUUGGAGUGCUGCGACGCGCUUGGAGCACUAUGGCUCGCUUCGGAGACGACCUACCCAGCCGCUAUGGAGGUGGUGGCGGGGGUGGCGGCGGCGGCAGCGGCGGCGGGCCGGUGGUGGGGGGCGGAGGCCGCGGCAGUAGCCGCCAAGGACCCCCGGGCCAGCCCGGCCAGCGACCCCAGGUGUACAAACAAUCUAAGGCCCAGCGGGCCCGGACCAUGGCAAUUUACAACCCCAUCCCGGUCAAGCAGAACUGCUUCACUGUCAACCGCUCCCUCUUCAUCUUCAGCGAGGACAACGUGAUCCGCAAGUAUGCCAAGAGGAUCACGGAGUGGCCUCCUUUUGAAUAUAUGAUCUUGGCUACAAUCAUUGCUAAUUGCAUCGUCUUGGCCUUGGAGCAACACUUACCAGUUGACGACAAGACGCCCAUGUCAGAGAGGCUGGAUGACACUGAGCCAUAUUUUAUUGGAAUAUUUUGCUUUGAAGCUGGCAUUAAGAUCAUCGCGCUGGGUUUUGCUUUCCACAAAGGCUCUUAUCUCCGAAACGGCUGGAACGUGAUGGAUUUUGUUGUCGUCCUUACAGGGAUUCUGGCUACUGCUGGGGCUCAGUUUGACUUGCGGACGUUGAGAGCUGUCCGAGUACUGAGGCCGCUGAAGCUUGUAUCAGGAAUCCCAAGUUUGCAGGUUGUUCUCAAGUCCAUCAUGAAGGCAAUGGUACCUCUCCUGCAGAUCGGGCUCCUACUCUUCUUUGCCAUUGUGAUGUUUGCUAUCAUCGGGCUGGAGUUCUACAUGGGGAAGUUUCACAAAACCUGCUUCAACAAUGAAACAGGGGAGAGGCUGGGAGAUUUCCCCUGUGGAGAGGAGAGGCCUGCAAGGCAAUGCGAAGAAGGAGAAAUUUGCAAGCAAUACUGGGAGGGCCCCAACUUUGGAAUCACCAACUUCGACAACAUCCUCUUUGCUGUGCUCACUGUCUUUCAGUGUAUCACGAUGGAGGGUUGGACUGACAUUCUCUACAAUACUAACGACGCUGCAGGGAAUAUGUGGAACUGGCUUUACUUCAUCCCCCUCAUCAUCAUCGGCUCUUUCUUCAUGCUCAACUUGGUCCUUGGUGUCCUAUCAGGUGAGUUUGCCAAAGAACGAGAGAGAGUUGAGAACAGGAGGGCCUUCCUGAAGCUCCGGAGACAGCAGCAGAUUGAAAGAGAACUCAAUGGCUAUUUGGAGUGGAUCUUUAAGGCAGAGGAGGUGAUGUUAGCAGAAGAAGACAAGAACGCCGAAGAGAAGUCACCUCUUGAUGGGAGGGCCACUUCUGAAGGCCCAAUCCUGCGAGGCAUGGCAGUGGUGGAGAUUAGCGGCGGAGGCACCUAUAACAUGCUGAAAAGAGCCACAAUCAAGAAGAGCAAAAAUGACCUAAUCCAUGCUGAAGAAGGGGAGGACCACUUCACAGAUGUUUGUUCUGUUGGUUCACCAUUUGCCCGGGCCAGCCUGAAGAGCGGCAAGAAUGAGAGUUCCUCCUACUUCCGUAGGAAAGAGAAGAUGUUCCGGUUCUUCAUCCGGCGCAUGGUGAAAGCACAGAGCUUCUACUGGAUGGUUCUCUGUGUUGUGGCUCUCAACACCCUGUGCGUCGCCAUUGUGCAUUAUGACCAGCCAGAGGGGCUCACUACUGCUCUGUAUUUUGCAGAAUUUGUCUUCCUCGGCCUGUUCCUCACAGAGAUGUCUCUGAAGAUGUAUGGCCUGGGGCCAAGGAACUAUUUCCAUUCCUCAUUCAACUGCUUUGACUUUGGGGUGAUUGUGGGGAGCAUCUUCGAAGUCAUCUGGGCUGCAGUGAAGCCCGGGACCUCCUUUGGCAUCAGUGUGUUGAGGGCUCUCAGGCUGCUGAGGAUUUUCAAAGUUACCAAGUACUGGAACUCCUUGAGGAACCUGGUGGUCUCCUUGCUGAAUUCAAUGAAGUCCAUCAUCAGCUUGCUGUUCCUCCUCUUCCUCUUCAUUGUUGUGUUUGCUUUGCUGGGGAUGCAGCUUUUUGGAGGACAGUUUCAUUUUAGUGACGAAACACCAACCACAAACUUUGAUACUUUCCCCACUGCUAUUCUAACUGUGUUUCAGAUUCUGACUGGAGAAGACUGGAAUGCUGUGAUGUACCAGGGGAUAGAAUCUCAAGGGGGCGUCCACUCAGGAAUGUUCUCAUCCAUCUACUUCAUUGUCUUGACACUGUUCGGUAACUACACGCUCCUGAACGUCUUCUUGGCCAUUGCUGUGGACAACCUUGCCAAUGCACAGGAGUUGACCAAGGACGAAGAGGAGAUGGAAGAGGCCACCAAUCAGAAACUUGCCCUGCAGAAGGCCAAGGAAGUAGCUGAUGUUAGUCCCCUGUCAGCCGCUAACAUUUCCAUAGCAGCUUUUGUAAAGCAAACACGAGGUACUGUAUCACGCAGCUCGUCGGUCUCCAGCGUUAAUUCACCCAAGCAGCAGAAUGCCUCCAAGUCCAAAUCCGUGUGGGAGCAGAGAACCAGCCAGAUCCGAAUGCACAACUUCCGGACGAGCUGCGAAGCCCUGUACAACGAGCUGGACCCAGAAGAUCGAGUUCGUUACGCUACCAACCUUCACAUCCGCCCAGAUAUGAAAACUCACUUGGACCGCCCCCUAGUGGUUGAGCCAAGGAGUGACAGCCGCAACAACAACAUCAACAAGCUGAGUCCCACUGAUGUGCAAGAGGUCACGGAGGAAGUGAAGCCCCCACCAGCUGUGAGCACUGAGGGGCAGCGGAAGCAUCACCGACAUCGAGAUAAGGACAAGGGGGGAGAACAGGAGAAGAGCAAUGUGCCGAAGGAUGAGAAUGGAGAAUCUGGCCCAAACCAUAAAGAGGAGCGUCAUCGAACACACAGGAGCCGCAGUAAAGAGGGCGAGAGGAGUGGGAAGGAAGGGAAAAGCGAGCGCAGCCGGGGCCAGGAAGGAGGUAGGAGGCAUCACCGUCGUGGGUCAGUGGAGGAAGGAGCCGAGAGAGAGCACAGACGCCAUCGGGGUCACCGGCACUCAGCCGAGCGGCAAGCAAAAGAAGGCAAUGGAACAAUCAAUGGAGCCAAGACGGAGCGUCGUUCACGUCACCGGGGAGGGUCCAGGCCUGGGAACCGGGAAGGUGACCCUGGCUCAAAAGGGGAAGGAGGGGAAGAACCCCACAGACGACACAAGAUGCGGCACAAGGCCCUGUCUACAUAUGAUUCAGUGGACAAGCCAAACGGGGAAAAGGAGGGAGAGGCAGGAGAGAAGGAGCUGAGGAAUCACCAGCCAAGGGAAGGUCAGUGUGACACAGAGGCAAGUGGGAGUGUGACUGUUGCCCCUCUGCACACCUUGCCUAGCACUUGUCUGCAGAGAGUGCUUGAACAGCCUGAAGAUGCUGACAAUCAGAAGAACGUCACUCGCAUGGGUCAGCCAUCUCUGGACAAAUCUGCAACUGUGAACAUUCCUGUCACUGUCACGGCACCUCCUGGGGAAGCCGCCAUCAUACCAAUGAACAACAUUGAAUUUGAAACUAAAACAGAAGAGAAGAAAGACAUGGAUGUGGAUGAUGACUUUACAGAGAAGGGACCAAAACCUAUCCUGCCAUAUAGCUCCAUGUUCAUCUUAAGUCCUACAAACCCAAUCCGGCGCCUGUGCCAUUACAUUGUGAACAUGCGUUACUUUGAAAUGGUCAUCCUCAUCGUCAUAGCCCUCAGCAGUAUUGCCCUGGCAGCGGAAGACCCCGUCCAAGCUGAGUCACCAAGGAAUGAGGCUCUCAAGUACCUGGAUUACAUAUUUACAGGUGUCUUUACAUUUGAGAUGGUGAUAAAGAUGAUUGACUUGGGCCUGAUACUUCAUCCUGGUGCCUAUUUUCGUGACCUCUGGAACAUCCUGGAUUUUAUUGUGGUCAGUGGGGCUCUGGUGGCUUUCGCCUUUUCAGGGAACAAAGGCAAAGAUAUAAACACCAUCAAGUCCCUGAGAGUUCUGAGAGUCCUUCGGCCACUGAAGACCAUCAAACGUUUGCCAAAGCUGAAGGCAGUCUUUGACUGCGUGGUGAAUUCUCUGAAGAAUGUCCUCAACAUCCUCAUUGUCUACAUGCUCUUCAUGUUCAUCUUUGCAGUCAUAGCGGUGCAGCUUUUCAAAGGGCGAUUCUUCUACUGCACGGACGAGUCCAAGGAGCUGGAAAAAGACUGCAGGGGCCAGUAUCUCGAUUAUGCAAAAGAUGAUGUGCAAGCUCAGCCCAGGCAAUGGAAGAAAUACGAAUUCCACUAUGACAAUGUCCUCUGGGCUCUGUUGACACUCUUCACUGUCUCCACAGGAGAGGGGUGGCCAACUGUUUUAAAGCAUUCUGUUGAUGCAACGUAUGAGAACCAAGGCCCAAGCCCUGGGUACCGGAUGGAGAUGUCCAUCUUCUAUGUGGUGUAUUUUGUCGUCUUCCCCUUUUUCUUCGUGAACAUCUUUGUGGCUUUGAUCAUCAUCACCUUCCAGGAGCAGGGUGACAAAGUGAUGUCUGAAUGCAGCCUUGAGAAAAAUGAGAGGGCCUGUAUAGACUUUGCCAUAAGUGCCAAACCCCUGACCCGCUACAUGCCUCAAAACAAGCAGUCGUUCCAGUACAAGAUGUGGAAGUUUGUGGUGUCUCCUCCUUUCGAGUAUUUCAUCAUGGUCAUGAUCGCACUCAACACCAUCGUGCUGAUGAUGAAGUUCUAUGGUGCCCCACAGCCAUAUGAAGAUAUGCUGAAAUGCCUCAACAUUGUGUUUACAUCCAUGUUUUCUCUGGAGUGUGUGCUGAAGAUCAUUGCCUUUGGCGCCCUGAAUUAUUUUCGUGAUGCCUGGAACAUCUUUGAUUUUGUCACAGUCUUGGGAAGUAUUACUGAUAUUUUAGUAACAGAGAUUGCGGACAAUUUCAUCAACCUCAGCUUCCUCCGCCUGUUUCGGGCAGCCAGGCUCAUCAAGCUUCUUCGCCAGGGCUACACCAUCCGGAUCCUCCUCUGGACCUUUGUCCAGUCUUUCAAGGCGUUGCCUUAUGUGUGUCUUCUCAUUGCCAUGCUCUUCUUCAUCUAUGCCAUUAUUGGCAUGCAGGUCUUUGGAAACAUUGCACUGAAUGACGACUCUGCCAUCAAUCGACACAACAAUUUCCAAACGUUUUUGCAAGCCCUGAUGUUGCUUUUCCGGAGCGCCACUGGGGAAGCUUGGCAUGAAAUCAUGCUUGCAUGUCUCAGCAACCAAGCCUGCGAUAAGCUCUCCAACCUUGGCAAAAAUGAGUGCGGCAGUGACUUUGCCUACUUUUACUUUGUCUCCUUCAUCUUCCUCUGCUCCUUUCUGAUGUUGAACCUAUUUGUGGCUGUAAUUAUGGACAACUUUGAGUACUUGACACGAGACUCUUCCAUCCUAGGACCCCACCAUCUUGAUGAGUUUAUCCGCGUCUGGGCUGAGUAUGACCCUGCAGCCUGUGGGCGUAUCAGUUACACGGACAUGUAUGAGAUGCUGAGACACAUGUCCCCACCACUUGGACUGGGAAAGAAAUGCCCAGCUCGCGUUGCCUAUAAGCGCUUGGUAAGGAUGAAUAUGCCAAUCUCAAAUGAUGACUUGAGUGUCCACUUCACAUCUACGCUGAUGGCCUUGAUCCGCACUGCCCUGGAAAUCAAACUUGCAUCAGGGGUCCUGCAGCUUCAGUGUGACAUCGAGCUGAGGAAGGAGAUCUCGCUAGUUUGGCCCAAUCUUUCGCCAAAGACCUUGGAUCUGCUAGUACCACCUCAUAAACCUGAAGCCAUGACAGUGGGGAAAGUCUAUGCAGCCUUGAUGAUAUUUGACUUCUACAAACAGAACAAGAACACUCGAGAUCCUGCCCAUCCAGCACCUGGAGGUCUUUGCCAGACUGGAACUGUGUCCCUUUUCCACCCGUUGAAAGCAGCGCUUGAACAAAGCCAGCCUUCAGUAUUCCCCAAUGCUUUCCUGCGCCAAAAGAGCUCCGCUUCUCUCAACAAUGGAGGUGCCUUACCAACGCCAGAGGGAGGAGGAAUCAAGGAGUCUGUUUCAUGGGGUACUCAACGGACUCAGGAUGUGUUUUACGAAACGAGGACACCAGCAUUUGAGCGUGGCCAUUCAGAAGAAAUUCCCACGGAGCAGACAAGCAAACAGGUAGUAGAAAUGCGAGAGAUCAGUCCAACAAUGGCCAAUGGUGAGCACCAGCCUGGCCUGGAGAGCCAGGGGCGAGCUGCCUCCAUGCCCCGCCUGGCAGCAGAAACUCAGGUGAGCGCAGGAGGCUUAACUGGCAAUGGAAGACUUACACCCAUCCCAGACACAAGCCCCAUGAAGCGUUCCAUCUCCACACUGAACCCACAGCGUCCCCAUGCCACACACCUCUACGAGCAUUCCCGGCCAGUGGAGCACACCCACCACCACCACCAUCACCGCUGCCACAAGCGGAAAGAGAGGAAACAGAAGUCUGUCGACAAACCACCCAGCCACCUGGCUGAUGGUGAUGCUGCAGGUGAAGCAACAUCCAAAACCAAAAAGCAGGAGAGGGGCCGGUCCCAGGAGCGGAAACUUCACUCCUCUUCAUCCUCUGAAAAGCAGCGCUUUUACUCCUGCGACCGAUAUGGGAGCAGAGACCACUCACAGCCCAAGUUAUCAGAGCGCAGUCGGCCAACGUCACCCAAUGGAGGGCAAGAGCAUGGAACACAGAAACAGGGCAGUGGUUCAGUUAAUGAGAGCCCCUUGCUGUCAACUUCGGGUGCAAGCACCCCGUCCCGUGGCCGGAGGCAACUGCCGCAGACCCCACUGACCCCGCGCCCCAGCAUCAUGUACAAGACUGCCAACUCGUCGCCUGUGCACUUCUCCAGUUUCCAGACUGGCCUGCCAACUUUCUCCCCGGGACGCUUGAGCCGGGGUCUCUCUGAGCACAACGCUUUGCUGCAUGGUGACUCCCAGGGCCCUUCGCAGCCCCUGAUGGCCCGGAUUGGCUCAGACCCUUACCUGGGGCACCGGGAAGACAGUGACAGUCCGUACCAUGCUGUGCCUGAGGACACACUCACUUUUGAGGAGGCUGUGGCCACCAAUUCAGGACGGUCAUCCCGGACUUCUUACGUCUCCUCCCUGACGUCCCAGUCCCACCAAAUCCGUAGAGUCCCCAAUGGAUACCAUUAUACAUUGGGCCUCAGUGCCGGCCCUGGGACCAGCACCAGAGCACGUAGCUAUUACCAUGAACGAGAUGAAGAUGACUGGUGCUAGCAGGAAAAAAAGCCGGAGUUCUUGCACACGAAACUGAUGAAUAUUAUACAUAAAGCUAUGUGUUUAUGUGUGCACACAUACGUUCAGCCCCACAGCUUCAGGGCUGGAGGGAUAAAGAGGAGGGAAGAAGUGCCUCCUCAUGGAACCCCCCCCCCCCAAAAAUGAAGAAGACUUGUCUCUGUGCAUGCGCACAAUGCUGUCAAGAGACGACGCCUCUCUCUCAUACUGAAACCUGUCUGUCCUUUAGUGCUAAGAAGGCCCUGGAUCAGUAGGAAUUGCUGUUCUUUGGAAGGACAGGGCAAGGGAGAUCUUGCUCGUCUCUUGCUGCAUUGCAGUUAACAUCAUCCUCUCCUUUCUCAACAAUAAAACUGUAAGAUAAGCAAAAGACCCGGAGAGAAAACCAAAAAAAACACAAACUGUUGAACUUUCUGGGACUGGAGCAUCAUGCAGUUUUGGAUAGAAAGAGGGGAAGGAAGGGACAGUCACAGUUACAAACAGAACCUAUCAUUUCUCUUGUCCACACUUUAAGAGGCAAAAAUCACCCAUGACGGCAUUGGACUCGACAUUUGGCAAGACGAAACCUUUUCAAGGGAGCCCGUAAUGGGGCCUUUCAGCUGACAGAAGCCGCCACGCUGCCGUCUGUGACUACUUUGAUUGGUUUGACUUCCCAUUGACUUUUUGGAAAGCACCUCCUUCACUUGGGAGAGGAGAGCUGUUUGGCAGGCAAGGAUGGCUCCCAGCCUGCUGCUGCUCCUACUGCUGACAACUUAAAAAUCAGUUCCUCUGUUUUGGAUGUGAUAUGCCCCCUUUCAUAAUUUAGUCUUGUUUACAAUCAAAGCACGAGAGUGAGAGCGAGAGAGUGAGAGUGAGUGAGAGAGAGAGAGAGAGAGAGAGAGAAGGGUGGGGUCUGGCAAAAGAAAAUGUGUCAUUUGGUUUUAUAUUGAGCUGUUAGAUAAACUAACUUUUCAUUGUG